AUGCAACAGCAGUCUUUUCUCACGAACGCUGCGGUGUUAUUCGUGAUGUGGUGGCGUUGUGAAGCCAACCGCUAUUGCAUGCCCUACCACCCAGAUUCGUGCCAAAGUGCCAAAAUUUGGCGGCAAGCGAUGGCAGUCGUGUUCACGAACGCCGAUCUACAAAGAGUACGGCAUGCGUAGAGUGCACGGGAUUAUCAUUGCUAAGAGGAUGAUUAGUUACCACCUG